AUGACCAGUAGCUUCAAGCAGUUACAUGAAUCUCAGCAAGGGUUUCUUUUCGAAAUGGUUACAACAAAGUUACAAUCGCUUGAGUAUCAUAUGAUUGAAAAGGAUCUUCAAUUAGAGGAUAAGAUCAUUGCUCUGACUAGCGCCAUAGAAAAUCUGUCUAAAUCCGUUGAGAAGAUGACAUGGGUCGUGCAGCAAAACGGUGAUACAACCAACUACCUCGCUUUUAAUGGAAAGUUUAUCGCCCAAAAUUUAACCGCACUACAACGAGAUGUGCGAGAAGUUCUCGCAGGACAGCAAAUGCUUGUAACGAGACAACAAUUCGGACAUUUCAUGUUACUGCGUGGGGUUAAUGCAAGUUUGUCAAGUGUUGCACGUGCGAGCAAGUAUACUUCCUGUGCCAUGCUACCAUUUCGAGCAUCGGGUGUGUACAGUAUUCAACCAGAGACACCGUUCAAGGAGCCGAUGACAGUGCUGUGCGAUCAAGAAUAUGAUUCCGGAGGGUGGGUUGUGAUCCAACAUCGUUUCGAUGGCUCAACAAACUUCUAUCGCAACUGGAAGGAGUACAAAACUGGGUUUGGACAACUUGAGGGUGAAUUUUGGUUGGGUCUUGAUCGAAUCCAUCAACUGACCACCGCUAAACCCCAUGAGCUGGUGAUGUUGCUCGAAGACUUUGACGGCAAUAGUACAUAUGCAAGGUACGAUCUCUUUGAGAUCGGCGGUGAAAGUCAAAUGUAUGAAUUAACCAAAAUUGCUGGUUAUGCUGGGACAGCUGGCGACUCAUUAAGUGACUUGAAAGGAAUGAAGUUUUCCUCUUUCGAUGCAGACAAUGACGUUUGGGAGAAAAAUUGUGCGGUAGAAUAUACUGGCGCUUGGUGGUAUAAUAACUGUCACAAGAGCAACCUUAAUGGACAGUAUUUAAAGGGCGAAACCACAGAAUUUGCUAAGGGAAUGGUGUGGCAAACUUUUCGUGGAUAUCAUUACGCCCUUAAAUCUGCAAAAAUGAUGAUAAGAUCAAACGUAAAAUAUAUUUCAAAAAAUAUUGACGGAUAACGCUUGCGUAUAAGGUACGUGCCGAAAGAAUGAUGGAAGUUUGGCUUUGAAUUGCUUGGCAGACAUGCCAUCAAGGUUUGUCGUAUGUGGACGUAAGGACGUGGAAGGAAGAAGAAACGUGGACGCAUUGUAGCAGAACAGCUC